CUUAUUUUCAUUUGCGUUUUAUCUUUUUUUUCAAUGGAGCGGAAGCCUUUCGUGGGUCAAUAUUUGAUAUGGGUAUUGAUACUGUUGGGGCAGCUACAUGGACACAAAAGCUGUAUUGAGAAAGAGAGGAAGGCUUUGUUGGAGCUCAAGACAUACUUGAUCCCAGUGACUAUAGCAUGGGAGCAAGACUCUGCUCUUACUUGGACGAAUGACACAAAGAGUGAUUGCUGUCAGUGGAAGAGGGUUGAGUGCAAUCGGAAAAGCGGGCGGAUUAGGGAGAUUUCCUUUGGUGUAAGAUACCUUAAGAAUCCUCUCCUAAAUCUUUCUUUGUUGCAUCCCUUUGAAGAAGUUCAAAGUCUGGACUUAUCCUCAUUUGGGUUCGGAAACAUGGGAUUCAGUGGCUUGUUUGAUGACGUUGAAGGUUAUAAAAGCCUAAGGAGAUUAAGAAACCUGAAGACUAUGAAUCUCUCUUCAAAUGCAUUCAAUAACAGCAUUUUUCCAUUUCUCAAUGCCGCAACAUCACUCAAAACUUUGUAUCUUCAGGGAAACCAAAUGAAUGGCCCUUUUCUUGUUAAAGAACUUGGAGAUUUGAAAAACUUGGAACUGUUGGACCUAAGCAGUAACAGGUUCAAUGGCUCCAUACCAGUACAAGAGUUAUCUGUCCUGGCGAAGCUGAAAGUUCUGGAUCUAAGGGUUAAUGGGUUUUCAGGCUUAAUGGAUUUGCAAGGCAAGUUUUCUCAAAUAUUUCACCUUUUUAUAUAAAGA